GAGAGAAGAGACAAGGGUACGAGCAUCGGAUCGCCAUGCCUUUCUUGGACAUCCAGAAAAGGUUCAGCCUUAACAUAGAUCGAUGGUGGACAAUCCAGAGUGCUGAACAGCCCUACAAGAUUGCUGCUCGGUGCCAUGCUUUUGAAAAAGAAUGGAUAGAAUGUACACAUGGAAUUGGUGCUAUCCGGGCAGAGAAAGAGUGCAAGAUAGAAUAUGAUGAUUUUGUAGAGUGUUUGCUUCGGCAGAAAACGAUGAAACGUGUGGGUACCAUCAGGAGGCAGCGGGAUAAGCUGAUAAAGGAAGGGAAGUACACCCCUCCACCUCACCACAUUGGCAAGGAGGAGCCUCGGCCCUGAGCGGAGCAGCUGCUGAUGUCUGGAGGCUGAUUUUCCUGUUCUCUGUUCUCCACUGGAAAGGUUGUUUACAGAAAACCUCCUUGUCAAAGUGUGUAAAAAUAAAGGAUUGCUCCAUCCUAAAAAAAAAAAAAAAAAAAGACGAUGCAUAAAAAAAAAA